CGCCCGGAGUCCUCGAGAUCUCGCUCUCCUCGCAGCUCGGUGAACGUAGGACGGCUAACCGUCUGACGUCACCGGGGUCUCAGAUCUAUCGGGUAGGGGACGUACUAGGUAGAUCUUGGUCCUCUAGUGCCACGAGGGUGGGGGCGGUUCGGCAGCACUCUGCAACUCGCUCUCUUCAGGUACGCUCGGCUCCUUGCGUGCUGGUACCGACAUAGUAGGCUUUCGACUAGCCCGACUCGUCCGGAUCAACGUUAUCUUUUGGGCCGCCGAGACGUUUUGUGCUUUUUUAAAGAAAAGUGUUGCGAUCUUUGUUGGGUGUACCUGAAAGUUUCGGAAUUUUUGAAAUUUUGAAUUUUCUUCACGCUAGUGUAAACGAGGGAUCCUUUCGCGGGUGAAAUUUGUGCUCGAAGGAAAAUUGUGACUCGAUGCGAAAAUUUUUAUUGGAUUAUUUAUAUUUUUUAUCAGUGCCUCUUGGAUACUCGUACGCUAACGCAGUGAUAAGUGAUAACGCACGUGGGCCGGGGAAAGUUGUGCCAGGUGAUUUUGAAUUUGUUACCGUCAUCUGUUCUUGUGCAUUUUGACUUUUUUUUUUGUCCGCGGUACCAGAAGUCACGGAAAUUGCCGUGCCGAGCUUGCUCCUGGUGAACUGCGGUACUGACCCCAAAAAAAGAAAAAUGAAUCCAGCGAUGGUCAAACCAGACCAACUAGAUUUUCACUUGGAGUCAUGUAAUCGUCCAGUAACCAGUUUCACGCUGUUCAAAUAACCAGGAAUAUAUUCGCUGUAUACGUUGCUGCCAAGCAAUUGAGCUUGAUACCAGAAGAUAAAGACGCAAGAGGAAGAAAAGUCGAAAUCGUCCAAGAUUGCAGCAUCUACGAUUCCUAAUCACUUUCAUCCUGUGUACGAUAAAAAAAAAAGUAUCCACUAAGAGUACCGCUAAGUCCCCAUUAAAAGACUCCCUAAAUUCGUCAUCACCCAAGUAAUCGAGUAGCAAUCAUCCAGGCGUGACAUUCCUUGUCAUCUCACGAGAUUCACUCUGAAUUUUUCCCACCGACGAUUAAUUCCGUCGAGGAAAAGUGACGAAGGUUUAGGAAAAAAAAAAAUAAAAUAAAAAAAAAAUAAAAUAAAAAAAAUCAAAAGCCAUAAUUUUCAAUCGCAAAGAUCCAGAAAUCAUCUCUCAGUACCAUCGAGUAUCCAGCAUCCCGGACUCAAAGAGAGCAAAAGAAGAACGAGCUCACUGAUAGUACUUGUCAUUACUACCAAGUGUAACAGUAAAAAAAAAAAAAGAAAGAUAAAGAAAGGCCCUAAAGAAAAAUGGCUUCUCGAUUAUCAUAAUGACCCGAAACGGCGUCUCGACGCUUUCGUGAGUACUACAAACACUGUUAUACAGCUUCCUGGUAGGGGUACACUAAGAAGGCCCACUGAGAGAGCAUACAGAGUGGGUCCGGUGGGUCCGGCAGGUAUACUCACGUAAAGUUACACUCGUAUGGAAGCGACAGGUACCUGCCUACUUACAGUGCGCAUCGCAGCGACAGUCUGCCAAUCGCGUACUUUACUACCAGGUCGCUUAGCAUAAUCCGAAGGAUCUCUUCGCGCCUCUCCUCCACGCUGCUUCAUUGGACUUCGAAGUUCGAAGAGCCGAGCGAAGCCGAUGGUCUCGCGGUGCGCAUGCGCACUGGCUACAUUCAGUGUCCCGAAGUAAAAGACACGAGACCAGCCAGCGGCUCGCAAGGGUUCGCGAUGUCGUCACUUGGAAACGGGCCUUGCUCUCGUGGACGUUGGAUUUAUGGAAAUUCGUCUAGCGCCCAUUCGUCACGUGGGUGAAUUUUCUAUUGGACGAGGAAGAAAAUAAAAAGGCUGAAAAUGUUGAAGUGGAUUAAGGUUAGGCAAGAUCCUUCGGGUCCGUCGACGGCGACGUCGUCGGGGACUGCGUUGGGAACGAUCGACGUCGUGGACGCCGACGCUGGUGCCAAAGCCGACGAGGGGGAUGACAGCGGGAUGGAGAGGGAGGAUUCGCCUGGAAUUGAUUUGAAUGACUUGAAAAAAGACCUGUUCUCGCAGCUGCAGUUUUCGCAAGAGAGCGCCCUGCCGCCCGACGCCCUGCGUCGCGCACUGGCCGAGAGCUUCCUCGAUCAGCAAAGAUUUCAACUGGGCUUCAUGGACGACGCGGCCGAAUGCUUCGAAAACAUUCUCCUGCGAAUUCAUCUCCACAUAGCGAGCGGCGAGGCUGAGGACAUGUGCAGCGCGCGUCACUGUGUACCGCAUCAAAAAUUUGCCAUGACUCUGGUCGAGCAGAGUGUAUGUGGUGCCUGCGGUGCCACGUCGGAGCCAUUGCCAUUUACACAGAUGGUACACUAUGUCUCGGCUUCAGCUCUGACCUCUCAGGCACGACAGACUCCACCGGCAUCCAGAUCCAGUCCGGAUCUCUUUGGACAGCUGCUACGAAGAGCUGGAGGAAUGGGAGAUAUUCGCGACUGUCCGAGUUCCUGUGGCGCCAAGAUUCAAAUUUGUCGGACAUUAAUGAACAGACCGGAAAUUGUUUCCGUGGGCGUCGUGUGGGACAGCGAACGACCAUCCUUGGAGCACAUAAUGGAUGUAUUCGCUACUGUGGGAACGUCUCUCAGGCUCAGUGACGUCUUCCACAGUGUGGUCGACUCCAGGUGGGGCACGUCGACUGUUCACAAUCUCGUCGGCGUUGUCACCUACUAUGGAAAGCAUUACUCCACGUUUUUCUUUCACACAAAGUUGAAGGUGUGGAUUUACUUCGACGACGCAACCGUGAAGGAAAUAGGUCCUCGUUGGGAACAGGUUGUCGAAAAGUGCAGGAGGGGACGCUAUCAACCUCUUCUUCUGCUUUACGCGACUCCUGGCGGGACGCCGGUGAACACUGAGAAUGCUCCUAAGAUAGUGACACCCUUUCCGAAUAGCAAUGGAUUGAAAACACCGCCCAAGGGUAACGUGCGAAGAUCAAUCACUCCCAGUCCGGAGAAACCGACUAUCAGUAAUAGUACAGCCAGGAGAGCAAUCACUCCCAAUCCUGAUAGUCCACCUCAUAUCUAUACGCAGCGGCGGAUCUACAGCGACUAUCAGAAUCUGACAGACAUACAGAACAACAUUUUUGGCAAUCAGGGUGUGGAUGUAGUCGACGGGGAGGCCGAAUCAAAAUACAUUAGCAGAAGAGCUGUGGAGAACGUGAUGCAGCAACAGAAGAAACAGCAGAUGCAGCUGACACGGAGUCUCAGUGCAGGAUCUACGCCACAGGAUGGAAUUAGUAUUCCGGAUCAUCUGAACGUUCCUCGAAGACGAGAUUCGGGAAACUGGUCUGGCGACCGCAACAGCGCCUCCUCAAGUUCCUCCACUACCAUGGAGAAUCCUUAUUUGUAUAUUGUCAAUAAGAUGCAGAGAAAUUCCGGAGUACCCAAGAGUCCUACCAGCAAAUCCGGAGAACUUUCCAGUAGCAGCAGUGGACACUACGAUGCCGGAUAUGAUUCCUACUCGUUAUCCUCUACGGAUAGUCUUCCUCUUCAGCAGGGCCUGAAGCACAAUCUCCAGCUUGCUCAGAUCCCGGAAGGCUAUCAACCUUCCUCGGGUGAGGACUGCGAGCGGCUAUGUAAGGAAACCGAUGCGCUGCUGGACAAGUCACGUGCCGCUGAGGAUGCCGGAGACCUAGGAACCGCUGUAGCACUUUGCAAUGCUGCAAGUAGCAAAGCUAGAGCCGCUAUGGAUGCACCCUAUAAUAAUCCUCAUACGAUUACCAUAGCGAGGAUGAAGCACAAUACGUGCGUUAUGAGGGCCAGGAGUCUGCACAGGAGGAUACUCCAGGAACAGGCUAUUGCCAAUGGCGAGAAAGAAGAUGGAGCACCCGAGGGACGGCACUCGCGAGAAAACAGCAAGUCCGGUCAGCAUUCCAGACAGAGCUCACGCGACAAAGGUAAUCACUCACGUCAGAACAGUAGGGAACUCUUGGUGAAUACACCAGCGGUAGUAGAUAAGCCAGCGGUAAAGAGUAUCGAGAUCUAUGCGACUCUGCCCAAGAAGAAGACUCUCAGGAGUAAAGCGACAGCCGUUAACGUCAUCGAGGACGAGGAGUACAUGCUGUACGAUCGACCCACUCAAAGGACCGGACUCUUUGGUCGCACCAAGAGAUGCGACGACGACAAGAAGGACAAGAAAAGAGCACGUAGUGAGGAACGUAACAAGAACGUUACCAAGGACUUUUCUAUAGCACCGACAAAACAAUCGCCAUUGGCAAAAACAACAAAAGUCGAGAAGCCUAAGGAAGUGGAAGCGACGGCUGUGAAGGUGCCACAGGCUAACGGGACUGCACAGACCACCGAUCAAAAACAGGGAAAGAAGCAACAUAAAAUCAGAAGGAAACUCCUGAUGGGUGGUCUGAUCAAGAGGAAGAAUAGAAGUAUGCCUGAUCUCAGAGAAGGUCAGGAUGGUCAAACUACAACCAGCUCCGAAAGUUCAUCAAACACUCUGCCAAAGCAGUCGAUCGAUGAUUCGAACGUGGGUCUCAAGGGUAACGAAGUGGGUCAGUCUUUGAGCGGAUACUUGUCGGAGGGUCAUUUAGAAUUUACCGGAAGUGGCGCUGGGAACGGAAACACUGGAAAUCCGAAUUUGGAGAGGAGCCGUCUAAUGAGGAAGAGCUUCCACGGCAGCGCUGGGAAGGUGUUGCACGUAGCGAAGGUGCCUCCACCUCCACCGCUCAGGACCACUUCUCAGCUUAGCAAGUCUAAGUGUCCUGGAGAAGUGCAUAACGAGCAGUCCGAGAAGACACUGUAUCCGCUACCCGACGUUAACGCCAGCAGCACCGCUCAGGAACAAAAUUCAAAUUACUGGAAUCACGGGAACUCUUCUAACGUGACCAGCAUGAAUGGUCAGUCUUCUAGAGGAUCAAACUACGCUGAUUACUCAUCGGAACCUCACUCCCUACCGUUCCUUCCUUCUUAUAACGUGGACCAGACACCAUCAGCUACAGGACAAGCGAACUAUAAUAACAAGCCUAGAAUUCAGGAUGACGUUGUUCAGUAUGCCAAUGGUAUCCUCUACGAACCUACCAUCGUAGUCACCAGAGCUGACGUGCACAGUGAACAGAGUCCUGUGAAGCAGCAAACACAACCUGAUUCUCUUCCUCCUUAUCCUGACAAUGGAACUGUCUCCCAUUCGAGACAACCCAGUGAGGAGUUUCCACCACCUCCAUAUCCAUCCACUAAUUCCGUUACUCAUUCGAGACAAGCUAGUGAAGAAUUUCCACCACCUCCACCGCCAAUAGAUGACACUCAGACUCCGGUUCAGGCUCCUGGCGAAGACUCGCAGUACAGUGCACAUGUCCAUAGGCAACAAUUGGAAGCUCAGCAGAUCAGUAGUCUACUCGCACAGUUGCAAUUAAAGAGGGAGCAGAUCCUGGCGUCCGAAUUCGCCGAUGGUAAAAGGGAGCAGGACGAGGGUGACAAGACAUCUGGUGAAACGUGGCUGAGAGAAUUGCAAGCUAAGCAAGCGGAAAGACGAAUGAAGAAACAAGGACCCGCGGAUCAUAACCAGGAUGCCGUGAAGUCCAGGUCUACGAUGAUGCCACCCCAAGGAUCUACCAUUGUCGCAAGAAGGACCAGUGACUUGAAGAUGAACAGCAUUGGCCAGGUACAGGAUGCUGGUAGGGAUGUUACUGAUUGUCCCAGGACGGUGAACUCCUCGUCGUCCGUCAAGGACAUGGCUGCCAGGUUCGAGCAGAUCAAACUUCAUCCUGCACCAAAAUCAGAAGGUGAUCCAAAACCCAUCAAGGCACUGCCUGCGAACAGUAACUCCUCAUCUCCAGUAAUGGAUACUCAAGAACUGGCACAAAGUGAACCUCUGAAACUGUCCAGUGAGAAUCUCGCAGCUUUCACAAAAUCUGAUAAUCAAUCUGGCCAAUCGGUACUCAACUCCAGCUUCGAGUCCAGCUCCAGUCAGAGCACCUUCAUCUCGACUGCUCCAGUAAUCGCUUCUACCUGUAGCCCGGAUGAUGGACUGAAUGCAGCAAUUCUAUCGAUGUCCUUGACACUUCCUCACGAGAAUGGACUUCCUGUGGAUUAUCCUGAAGACGAUAUAAGCGAGGUAGCCAUGCAGAACACUAUUCAAAAUACCACCAUCCUCCCAAACGAAGAGGAUAUUGCACCACGUAAGACAAAACGAAGAAUCGGCAAGAAGAAGAGCGUAUCGUUUUGCGAUCAGGUGGUACUAGUUGCGACAGCCGAGGACGAGGAAAAGGAUUCUUACAUUCCAAAUCCCAUCCUGGAGAGAGUCCUACGUUCCGCAAUGAACAAACCCGAGACGGCCCAGGUCUUACGUGAAAUCAGGAGCCUCCAGGAAGCCGAAUUGAAUCGCGAAAACGCCACACCAAAAUUUCAGCAACAUACUCUACCUCUAAAGAGCGAAGCAGACAGUAUGCCAGCAACGCCUUUCCAGGAUCAGCUCAGAAGCGUCAAUCCUGUUUCAAACCCGGAUACCGUCAGACCGGCUUUUGGACGACAAAAUUCCAAUGAAUCGGUCGGUUCCGUCCAGGACGCCAAGAAGCUCUACAGUCCCACCUACGUGGAAGCUCAGGACGUAGUGCGUGAAACGUAUCCAGUGGCUCAACAAAAUCUGAGCAAGUCACCCACCUCCUACUCGCCGCAACUUCAGCAACAAAUUCGUUACGCACAAAAUGGAUACUCGCAGUAUAUGCCAGCUCAGACCGGGUAUCCUCAGACACAAACGUCUCACCCUAGAAAUCAGGUAAUUCCUUUGUCCCAGACACAAAAACCCGCAAGUCCCUAUCCUACUCAGGUGCACAAUAUAAAUCAGUAUCCCCAGAAUGGAGUGCAACAACAGAAAGUAAAUUGUCCUAAGAACAGUUAUCAGACUUACUAUCAGAUAGAGCAACAGCACAAUCAGAUGAACAAGCAGAUGUCAGCACAGCAGCCUACUGGCCUGACCCAGAGGAUUCCAUCCCACAAUGCAAGUCCAAUAACGGUACAGCAUGUUCAGCAAUUUUCUUACCCAUCCAAUCAGUCACCUAAUCCUUAUCAGCAAUACUCCUCAUCUCCACAGAGUCAGUAUUCCCACAAUUCCUAUCAAGGCUACUCGUACCAAUCAGUUCCACAACAGAACAGAACGAGCCAGCCUUUACCACAGUACCAACCGCCGCCAAAUCCAGCAGCCACUUACCAGCAACAGCAGCAGCAGCAAACCGCACACAAUUAUCAGCAAAGGGUUGAGAACUAUCAGCGACCACCGCAGAAGACGGAACAACAGAAUGUUCUUGCGCCUAAUCAAACUUAUCCAAAUCCUUUGCAAAAUGGACAGAUACAAUCCAACAUGAAGUAUCCGACGUAUCAACAUCCGCCAGUGCCUAAGCAAACGAAGCAAGUACAUUUUCAAGCUGGCACGAAGGGCGCGACUACUGUGAGUCAAACAACGUCUUCCAUACAAAAAUCAGCGUCCGUGACGACAAUGCCGCGCUGUGCACCUUGUCACCUGUGCCGGAAGAAGCAGGUGCUGGAACCUGCGAUAUAUUGUACGGAUUGUGACUUCUACAUGUCCCGUUUCCGGCCGAAGAAUUAAAUAGAAUAAUGUAAUGAGUUGUUGAGGAAAUAUCAACAAAAGGUUUUACGUACCUAAUCAUACUUAGAGAUGCACGGUGUGAUAUGAAUAAUUAUCACCCAGGUAUGACUCGCUUUUUUAUAGUAUUAAUUAAGAGCUUAAGGCGUACCUUUAUAUUAUGAAACUCCUUCAUUGUGCAGCUAAUGAAAUGUAUCGUCGUGAAAAGAAUUGUUUUGACAGUUUAUGGAUUAUAUUCGUAUAUCUAUAGAUCGCGUUAAAUAUAUAUAUGUAUUUGAUCACGCGUUAACAAUUAUACUCGCUAUGAGAUAGAUUUAUCUGGCGACUAUUUAGCCAUCUUUAUUAUUAUUGUAUCCAUUUAUUUUUUUUUAAUGGCAAUCGUUUCGUCGUGCACUCUCGUUCAAAUGCUGCGGCCAUUUUGUCGUCGGGUACUCGUUGCGACGAGCAAUAAGAGUGUAUGAAUUAUUGACUGUAAAUGAUUUUUUUUUUUAUUAACGUUACUUUUUCUUACUUGUACAAAUGAGCGAUAGGGUAAGGCAUACUGUCAAAUUCUAUUGGAUUUUAUUAUUGUGAGAUCUGUUAGUUAUUAUAUUAGAUCGUCUUUUACUGAAGUCCUAAGUGCAAAUACCUGAUUUAUCUUUGUGACAGAACGCAUAGAGUUAUAUAGAAUUGUAUAGAGGAUUUAAUUUCAAUAUAGAUACAAGGAUGUCAGAAUUGUGAUACUAGCAAAGCUAUGUAGGUGACCGCGUUAAGUUAGAAUAUUGUAUGUUAAGUGUCGACGGAUAAAUGUCAAAAAUAUGUUUACAUUGGCAUGAAUGGAAUGAAGGUCUUUGAUCUCUGAGCAAGCGUGGAGUUUGUUAUAUGUUACUAGACGUUAAAGUUACAUAGUUAUGUAUUAUGUUAUGUAUUAUGAUCCAUGUGCUAGAUCGAUGUACAAACUUCCAAUUUUAUAUUUUUUUGUAUGAGUAUUUUGUUUUAGAAAUACUUUCGUCUAUACUACUAUUAAUAAAUUACUAUUCCGAAA